UGCAUAUUCAAGUUGCAGAAAGAUUGAAAUUUGAAACCCUCACUCCCUCUUUCUCUGAAACUCCCAACUGCAAGGACUGAGAAGCAUCACUGGUCUUUCUUCCUUAUACUAGAACGAGAAGAUUGAUGCUUUGGUUUCUCGGGCAGAAGGAAAAGAAAGAAGAAAAAGGAAGAAGAGGAGGAAGAAAGAAGAAUCCAACCCAACCUAACCUUCUUCGCCAAGGAUCACCUCGCGCAGCACCAACCACCAGGUCCAGCAACUCCAGCUACUCCAGCUUCUUAUUUUUAAAAUUUGUUUUGUUUUUCGUUUUUUCCAGAUUUUUCCUUUUUCUUUAAAUUUUUUUAUUCUUGGGGAAACGGGUUAUAUUUUUAGCCCGUUGGUUGUAUCAAAUGGGUUUACAAGAUACGACGUGAAAAGGAAAUAAACGCCCACCAAACUCCUUGACCCGCAAACACGACCCGUGUGCUGUCUAAAAAACAAAGGAAAUAAACGCCCACCAAACUCCUUCUUGACCCGCAAACACGACCCGUUUGCCAGGUCUCAACAGCUAAAAAAGAGAGGAAAUAAACGCCCACCAAACUCCUCCUCGACGCCUGCAAAGACCCUCUCGGACCAAAAGGAGCGUCUCUGCUUGUUUCAGACCCUCACUCACAGAAGCAAUGGAUUCUAUUCAAAACAUUUUGCUUGCUUCUUCUGGUGGCCUUCAAGUGGGAAGUAAAGGAGUGAGGAGGAGUUCAACCCUAAUUUGUGCUCCAAUAAUGGCAGAAUCAGUUGAUAAGAUGUUGAUUGAUAUGGGCAAGGCAAAAGCCCUUGGCGCUGACCUUUUGGAGAUUAGAUUGGAUCAUUUGAAGGCCUUCAAUGACAAUGUUGAUCUCAAGACCCUUAUUAAAGAAUCCCCUUUGCCCACUCUUUUCACAUAUAGACCAAAAUGGGAAGGUGGUCAGUAUGAUGGUGAUGAAAAAGAUCGACUUGAUGCACUUCGCUUAGCGAUGGAGCUUGGAGCUGAUUACAUUGAUGUCGAGCUUCAGGUUGCUCAUGAAUUCAUCGACUCCAUAUAUGGAAAGAAGCCUGAAAAGUUUAAAGUUAUUGUCUCUUCUCACAACUAUCAACAUACUCCAUCUGUUGAGGCUCUUGGAAAUCUUGUUGCAAGAAUACAAGCCACUGGAGCUGACAUAGUGAAGAUUGCAACCACUGCCUUGGAUAUCACUGAUGUAGCACGCAUUUUUAAAAUAACUGUGCAUUCUCAAGUCCCAACGAUAGGACUUGUAAUGGGUGAGAGGGGUUUGAUUUCACGGAUACUUUGCGCAAAAUUUGGUGGUUAUCUUACUUUUGGUACGCUUGACUCGGGAAUAGUUUCAGCUCCUGGUCAACCUACUAUGAAGGAUAUAUUACAUCUAUACAAUUUUGCACAGAUAGGGCCUGACACAAAAGUGUUUGGCAUUAUUGGAAAGCCUGUCAGCCACAGCAAAUCUCCUUUUCUGUACAAUGAAGGAUUCAAAUCAGUAGGUUUCAAUGGAGUUUAUGUACAUUUGUUGGUAGAUGACAUUGCAAAGUUUCUCCAGACUUACUCUUCAAUGGAUUUUGCUGGAUUCAGCAUUACAAUUCCCCACAAGGAAGCUGCACUUAAGUGCUGUGAUGAAGUUGAUCCAGUUGCAAAGUCAAUAGGAGCUAUUAAUUGCAUUAUAAGGAGACCAACUGGGAAGUUAUUUGGGUUCAAUACGGACUAUAUUGGGGCUAUUUCUGCUAUUGAGGAUGGACUGACAGGUUCACAUAAAAGUGGCAGUAUAACUGGUUCACCUUUAGGUGGUAGGCUUUUUGUUGUUAUUGGUGCUGGAGGUGCUGGCAAGGCGCUUGCUUAUGGUGCAAAACAGAAGGGAGCAAGGAUUGCAAUUGCUAACCGCACUUAUGAUCGAGCCAGAGAACUAGCAGACACAAUUGGAGGAGAUGCUUUGUCUCUUGCUGAUUUAGAUAAUUUCCACCCAGAGGAGGGCAUGAUUCUUGCUAACACAACAUCUAUUGGAAUGCAACCAAAAGUUGAUGAGACACCCAUUUCUAAGCACGCUCUGAGAUCUUACUCGUUGGUUUUUGAUGCUGUUUACACCCCCAAAAUGACCAGACUCUUGAAGGAUGCUGAAGCGUCAGGGGCCAUAGUUGUAAGUGGGUUGGAAAUGUUCAUUGGACAGGCAUAUGAACAGUUUGAGAGGUUCACUGAGUUGCCUGCCCCAAAGGAACUCUUUCGGAAAGUAAUGGACAAUUAGCUCUUGAGGCAUAACGCUCUGUCAUUUCUUUUCUGGAGCUUUCAGUCUGAAAGAAUAAAUACUUCUGCAUGCCAAACAGCCAAACACCCUUGCUGCUGGUAAUGUCUUGUGUAACAAGCCACGGACGGGGUUGGGGAUGUUCUAAUGCAAUUAGUCAAGCAAACACAAAAUAUGGAGCAUUUUACCUUGAAAAGCUCAGGUUGUAAUAUAAUUAUGUGCAUGAAUUUAUGGGAAACACGAAAAUAAUGAAAACUACAUUAGAACUAAAAGAAAAACAAAAAAAAUAGAUGACGAAGUUUUAA